UUGUUAAAAAUAUUUAUUACCUUACACUACUUUAAAAUUUUGAUUUUUGGUAUAAAUAAGCUGGCUAUAGUCGACAGUUAUCAGUUUUUAUUUGACAGUGAAUUUAUGAGUAGUUAUUAUUUCGAAAAAAGUACAUUCGUCAUGAAAGUGUUAAUCAUUUUAUUGCUAAUCAUAGCAGUCAGUUCAAUGGCAUUUGCUGGAAGUGAUGAUCUGAAGAGCAAAAUUGCCGCUGGUGACAACAAACUAAUCGUACUUGACUUCUACGCUACUUGGUGCGAUACCUGCGGGAUGAUUGGACCAAAAUUCGAUGAGCUUGCAGCACUUCACAGAGAUGUGACCUUCAUAAAAAUUGACUGCGACAAAAAUGAGAGUAUUGCUGAUCAGUAUAAAAUUACCAAGCUACCAACUUUUAUUUUCAUCAAGAAUAACAAAGAAUAUUAA